AUGAAACCACAACUCGAAGAUCUUCCCGAUGAGGUCUUGCAUCAUAUCGGAAGCUUUAUCAUUGCUCGAGAUGAGACUCUCUUGCAAUCCUACUUUGGAGAGUUUGUACGAGGCGGAGGAGCCUCUUUUACAUGCUCAAAAAAUCGUUUGUUUUUGAAUGCUACUCAAUUCUACUUGGGCGUGUUGGGUGCCUUGAACAAGAACAUGUAUGAUCGAGUUCGUAGUCAUCAAGGCUUCUUCUGGAUGAAUAACUUGUUUGUAUGGAAUGCCACCAAACAAAUGGAUGCAUCAUGCAAGAGUCAUGCUAAAUUUGAUGAGAUUGUACGAAACUAUUGGCUUUAUGAAAAACCAAGUGAGGACGAUGAAUCGGAGGACAUCGAUGAGGAAGAUUUUGACUCUGAGGAGGAAAACGAUGAAGAAGAAUUUAACUACAAAGACUUUCAUGAAACAAGAGUCUCCCUUCAUUCAGAAGAGGACAAGAAUGCAAUCGAAAGAACCGACCUUAUUUCAAACUUUUUAUUACUGAACUCUCAAUGUCAAUUUCGAAAAAUAUUCAUUCAGGGUCAUGCAACCUUUUUUAAUUCUCUGUUCACGCACACAACACAACGGAUUUUAGAGCGAGAAUUAUCGACAAAAAUUUCAAGUCAACCUUCACCAGCCAUCACACCAAUCCUUUUUCCAUUCCAAUUCUUGCACGAAUUAUAUCUUCAUACCAAUGACAUUAAUUUGUUUUCUCUCUUUGAUAUGAUUGUGAAAUCGACAUGUCCCUCUCUGAAAAGACUUCACGUCAUGGCUAGGAAAUUUGCCAAGUUUCAAGAGACAGGAGCGAGCCAUCAUCCACAUGACAGCCCUCAUGGUGCUCACAUGACAUACUUGCCUCUCACUUCUCUUCGAAUUCUAUGCCAUACCUAUAGCUUUAAGCAACCAAAUGUUAAAACUCAAUCUACAACACUUUCUCAGGCAUUGGGGCUAUAUCUUCCUCAUUUUCCAAUGCUCCAAGAAAUUUUCUUGCCAUUUUGGACUCCUGAUAUUUUACAACUCGUUGCAACCUCGUGUUUUCAUAUCAAAGAUUUGGUAUUGCAUGGUGGUACUCUAAUGAAUGGCUCCUAUGACGAGGUACUUGAACUCAUAUGCCAAAAUAUUAUUGCACUGGAGAGGUUUAUCAUUUGGAGAAGUGCACUGAGUGGUUUCUAUGUGGACAUUGGGCAGGCAUUUUUCACACGAAUUUUCGAUCAUUUCCACCAUACGUUGAGAGAAUUCUCUGUAGCAACAUCUCUCUCGCGAUUUUCCUCGUUGAAUGACACAGAUGCUCAUUUUGCAUGCAAACUAAGAAUGCCCUCACAAUUACGAACACUCAUCAUUGAGAACCUUGAGGAUCAUUACUACAAUUCAGGAACUCCACUUGGAGUCAUGAAUUUGUUGGCCAAUAUUUUCUCCAAUAAUGACACAUGCUCUCAAAACAAUUUGGAGAACAUUUUCAUCUCAUUGAGACACUACAGAUUAUCAAAUUUGGAUUUAAUUACAAACAACGUAAAAUGCCUGCAUCUCAAUAUUGAAAACACAAUGGAAGUCAUAACGAAGCUUUCGCAGAGACCUCAUGCAUCCUUAAUACGAGACCUCUAUAUCCAGAUUCAUUGCAACGAUGACCUUGAAAAGUUAAUGACAGCACUAAAGACCAAAUUUUUUUCGGGUCUCCGUCGAUUGAAGUUGUCCGUAGAACCUACUUCUUAUGGAGAACAAAUCGAUCUAUUCAAAUUGAUGCAACAAGUAGCUCAUCUAGAAGCGUUGGAGCUUGUUAAUGAGCACCAAGUCGCAUAUUCUCAAAAAUUUUCUCCCUUUUACGAAAAUGAAAUCUCUUUAAUUAAUGUUUAUCGAGCUGUUCCAACAAGUGAUUGGAUGUGGAACACAUGGUCAGGACAAGAUAUUCAUAGUCAAAUCCCACAACACUCCUCAAUAACGAACUUGAAAGAAUUUUCAAUAUUUACAAGCUCAAAAAUGCUCCAGGCUGCCAUUCCUCGUUUGCCUAAUUUGACUCGUCUCUGUAUUGAGGUUGUCAAUAUCGAGAGUUUUGGAUGCUCAACUUGUGAUAUGGUUUCGACAAUUUCCUGCACCUUACAUGACCUGAGAUACUUUAAGAUUGGCUUUCUUGGGACGAGCCAAUCAUUCUCAAAGAGAGGACAACAAUAUCCAAUUUCUAUUAUGGCCAAUAUUGAGCAAAGUAGAGUCGAUUUAAGAGAUAUGAACUCUGUGGAUGCCAUUAGAAUCAUCAUUUUGUUUUAUAUCGUCACAUUUCGUGGACUAUUUUCGUUUUCAUCUUUUACAAAUGAUGGCUUUGUUGUAGCAUUUGGUCACAAGCCAAAAAAAUCUGAAAUUGCAACAUUGUUAGAGUUGGAAUUUGACAAGGCUGUAGACAAUUGUUCCUUCGAGGAGAAAUCUGACCCAAUAUUGAUGGCCAACAUGAAAAAAGCAUUUAUUGAGGAAAUGAUUGAAAAAGCAGUUGAAAAAUAA